AUCUACCCCAAGAACUUACAACUUCCAAACCAGCAUCCAGAUCAGCAACUAUUCACAGAGAAGAGACAAUACAUAAUAGACUACUCGAGACGAGAGCAAUGUCAAACCUCCAGCCCGUAAAGGGCAGCAGUAAAGACCAACCGGGCCUACGGUACCCGACGAGCGGCAAGACAAUCUACCACCGACCGCUAAACCGCACCAAAGCCGCCGAACUCAGCGGCUCCAGCUUUGCCUAUCUUUUCUCCGAGAUGGUAGGCUACGCCUCGAAGAAGAUAGAGAGUAUACAGGAUCUAGAAAAGCGCCUCAACGUCCAAGGCCACCCCAUCGGCCUCAAACUCCUCGACCUCCUCCUAUACCGCGAACCGCCGCGCUCGCAGACGCGCCCGCUCAACAUCAUCACGCUCCUGCACUUCAUCAAGAUCAACGUGUGGCAGCACCUAUUCGGGCGCGCAGCCGACGGCCUGGAGAAGUCGUCGGAUCCGUCCAAGCCCGACGAGUACAUGAUCAUCGACAACGAGCCGCUAGUCAAUCGCUACGUCAGCGUGCCCAAGGACAUGAGCCAGCUCAACUGCGCGGCGUACGUGGCGGGUAUCGUCGAGGGUGUAUGCGAUGGCUCGGCGUUCCCGGCGCGCGUCACGGCGCACAGCGUUGGGAAGCAGGAGGAGGGUGAGAUGUGGCCCGGCCGGACGGUUUUUCUGGUUAAGUUCGCGCCGGAGGUUAUGGAGAGGGAGGGGUAUUUGGGGAAAGGCUGAGAGUGGGAUAGUAUAUUUUUGAGUGGAGGAAGGAGAAUCAGGGGUGUGGUGGUUCUAGCAUUGCAACGGCGUUCGGGACGGUUUGCCAGUCGGGAAUCGAGGAUAGGGUUCAUUU